GGGUGUUCUUGAUAAAUGACGUAUAAAUAUUGCCAACAUUCAAAAAAACAGCAACUUGACAAAAUUGUGCUGUCAUAUUUCUGUCCAUAAAACUCGAUAAAACUGAUUUGUGUUGAUUUUCUAAAACAAAAAAAUAUUCUAAUAGGGUAAAAUGUUUAAAAGUAGCAAUUUCGACAAGUUACUUGAUAAAGCCACAAGUAAUCUACGUCUAGAUCCCGAUUGGCCGACGAUCCUACAAAUUUGUGAUCUGAUAAGACAAAAUGAUUGUUCGCCAAAAUAUGCAGUGGCAAGUGUCAAAAAGAAACUAUACUCGCAGAACCCUCACCAGGCAAUGUUUGCAUUACUUACUUUGGAGAGCAUCGUCAAAAACUGUGGUUCUGGAGUACAUGAUGAAGUGACAUCAAAAGGUUUCUGUGAAAUGCUACGAGACUUGGUUAAGACCACGCAACACGAAAAUCUAAGAAACAAGAUACUUGAGCUGAUCCAAGCUUGGGCAUUUGCAUUCCGCAACACACCAAAAUAUAGAGCAGUUCAGGACACUGUGAACAUUUUAAAGGCGGAAGGAUACAAAUUCCCAGCUUUAAAAGAAUCUGACGCGAUGUUUUCUGCUGAUACUGCACCAGAAUGGGCGGAUGGCGAAGUAUGCCAUAGGUGCCGAGUGGCUUUUUCGCUGAUAGUCAGAAGACACCACUGCCGUGCAUGUGGCCAAGUCUUUUGCCAGCAAUGCAGCUCAAAGACAUCAACUUUGCCCAAAUUUGGCAUUGAAAAAGAAGUGCGCGUUUGUGAUGCUUGCUAUGACAAAGUGAGCCGACCCCCCACAUCAUCAGCUAAACUUGAAAUAGUGGAUACUGCCAAUGAUUAUGGACCUCCGCAGCCUAUUAAGCGGCCGGGUGGUAAAACUGCGGAAGAGCUACAAGAAGAGGAAGAGCUGCAGCUGGCACUUGCUCUCAGCCAGUCUGAGGCCGAACAAAAGGAGAAGGAGCGCAAGUCUCGAGCGCACAUCGCACCGGACCCCACGCCACACCAUCCCACUGGUAAAUCGACAUUGUCACCAACGCCGUCAUCGGUGAGCGCAUCUCCGGAGCACAGCACACAGGCCAAUUCGGAGCUGUCCCGGUACCUGGACCGCAAUUACUGGGAGCAACGGCUGUCGCGCGACACUGCCGCCGCGCCCACCGCGCCUGCGCCCGCUUCCCACACCUCGCACUCGUCGCAAGACACCGUUGAGGAUUUCACUAAGUUAGCAACUGGGAAAGCGCAAGACGAUGACGCCGAGGACAAGGAGAUCGAUGAGUUUGUGGAAUCACUUAAAUCCCAAGUGGAGAUAUUUGUCAACAGAAUGAAGAGCAACUCGUCACGAGGACGCUCUAUCGCCAAUGAUACCGCCGUUCAGACUCUAUUUAUGAACAUAACCGCAAUGCAUUCGCGCCUUCUGAAAUAUAUUCAACAGCAAGAUGAUAAAAGAGUGCAUUUAGAAAGUUUACAGGACAAAGUAACUCAGAUCCGCGACAGCCGCGCGGCGCUGGACACGUUGCGCGCGGAGCAUGCGGCACGCCUCGCCGCCGCCGCCGAGGCCGCUGAGCGGCAGCGACAGAUGCAGAUGGCGGCCAAGUUGCAGGCUAUGCGUAAGAAGAAACACGAGUACCUGCAAUACCAGCGACAACUCGCACUCCAACGCGUGCAGGAACAAGAGCGAGAGAUGCAAAUGAGACAGGAACAACAGAAACAUCAGUACAUGAUGUCUGCAAAUAGUGGCUACUUUAUGCCAAGUGUAUCUAUGCCUCAGUUCCAACCUGGAUAUCCCAAUCAACCAAUUUAUGGUAAUCCACAAUUCCAUCAGAUGAUGCCUCAGGCAACCACAGAUGGCACUCUGCCUAUGCCAGGACAGCCACAAGUAUCGCAAGCAAACGCGCCUAUGAGUGUUAACCCUUUGGCGACAGUAGCCCAAUCAAUGCCGCAAAUGUCGAACACUUUUGCUAUGUCUACAUCUGUAGCAGCUAUUGGUCAGCCAACAGUUGGUGGUCAACCUGCAAUAAAUCAGGCAAAUAUACGUCCACCGAUUGGUCAACAAUUACCUAUGCAGCAGCAAAUGAUGAUGCAGCAAAUUCACCAGAUGCGUAUGCCUGCACAACCGGGCAUGCAUCAAAUGAUUCCACAGAAUGUUACCAAUAGUUUGCCAGGACAACCUACUUUACAGCAGAAUGGUCAAAACGCGCAUUUGGCAAAACCAAACAUUCCAAAUCAACCUCAGCAACAAAAUUCUAUGAUGCCUGCCAUGACUACAGGCCAACAGAACAUGGGUCAACCACUCAUUAAUCAAAGUAACCCAAUGCUUGGAAUGCAAAUGCAGAACAUGAGAAAUCUCAAUCAGCCAGUUUCUAUGCCAGGCUAUCCAAUGAAUAUGCAAAAUCAACAACCUGGUUCUCAUCCUCACAAUAUACAACAAUCACAAAUGCCCACUCCAGGCCAACCCAUUACAUUACCAGGACAGCAAAUGAUGCAGGGUCAGACAUUGCCUGGUCAAUCUCAAGUUAUGUCACAUCCUAACCAAGCAAAUCAAAAUACGCCAUCCCAAGUUCCCCAAAUGCCGCAAACUCAGGGCCAACACAUGCCUCAACAAUCACCACAAGCACCGAUAAUGACACACCAUGGUCAGCCAAUGGGAAUGAUAGGGCAGUCCAUGCAACAACCAAAUCAACAAAUGAUGAUGCCAGGUCAGCAAAUGCCACCUCAAGGUCAAAAUAGCCCACAGCAAGCCCAACCUAUGCUGAACCAAGGGCAACAAAUGCAUCCUAGCCAGGGACAACAAAUGAUGCCUGGACAACAAGUAGGUCACCAGAUGCAGGGCAAUAUGAUGCACCAACCUCAGCAAAUGCCUCAGAUGCAAGGGCAGAUCCAAAUGGGUGGUACAGGUCAUCAAGGACAGUCAGGAGUGCCCACAGGACAGAAUAUAUCAGGACAACAAAUAAAAAUGCAGCCACAAAACUUUAACAACAUGCCCCAAGAUCAGCAACAAACUGGAAUAAAUCAAACUCAGCAAGUUCAAACUCCAGUUAAAUCAGAGCAUAACAAUAAUACAGCAGAAUUGAUAAGUUUUGAUUGAAACAAAAAUGUUGAAAGAUCUGUGUAUAAUACUAAAUAACAUUCAAUAUUUGUUAUAUCAUGUUAAUGAUGGAAAAGUAUGUAUUAAAGACUGUAUGCAAUAAUAUUAAUUGCGCACCUAGAAAGAUGAUAUUGAACCAAAAUAGUCUCCUUUAAUUCAUGAAACGUAGGGUUCAUUUGCUGAGGCGUGGCCGAAAAUAAGUGUUUAAUGCAGAUUAUGUUAUGUAUGGCAUACAGGCAUAUACAGGUGCUUAAGCGCAUGUGCGUUUGAUAGUAUGGUUAUGAAUGAUAAAAUUAAUGGUAUAAUAAAGCAUCUGUGCGUGUAAGUUGUGCUGAGUCGCCUACACCUCGACAUACGCUCAGCGUUUUGACAUUUUUGUAGUAACUCGGCCAUCUUCAAAAAUGUUUCAAAAUAAGGAUUUGUCCAGUUGUAUCUAGUGUAUUAUUUAUUAAAAAAAAAGCUUGAGUAGUCCAUUAUUGAAGAAAUAUAUCUAUGCAUAAUGAUAUAACUAUCUGCUUGUCACAUAUUUAAAAGUUUAUUUAGAGUUCAUUACUUAUCUUCAAAGAGAAUUAUCUCUAUCAAAUGUUAAAUAGUUUGAGAUUUAAAUUGCGAGCAAAUCAUCACAUUUUACUUUUAAUUUGCUAUAGUGUAUCUUGAUGUAGACAUAUUGUAAUCUAUGUAAAUGCAAAUGUGUAAAGAAAUUAUUUUAUCUUUCGUAGAAUAUUUUAGUCAUUAUUAUAUAAAAUAGAAAUUCAAAUAUUCUUAUGUUUUAUUUUUUCAUUGCUGAGAUAAUUGUUUUUGUUAAAAUAUUUUACAAUAAGUUAUAUGAUGUAUAAUACCAAUAAACGUUUGAAAAUGUA